AAUAUAAGAGACUUCGCCAACUUGGGCAUUGACCAUUUGGAAAAAUGACCAUCGGCAAAGCAGCGAUUUUGCUCGGCAGCUUUCUGCUGUUCUUGGUGCUUCCCGUACAGUCGGCGCCUGGUAAACUGAACGGUCGAGUGGUGGGCGGUGAGGAUGCGGUGAAAAAUCAGUUUCCCCACCAGGUCUCCCUAAGGAACGCCGGUUCCCACAGCUGUGGAGGUUCGAUUCUGACAAGAACCUACAUCUUAACCGCCGCCCAUUGUGUGUCCAACGAGGACGCGAAUCAUGUGAUUACGCCAAUUGCUGCGGAGCGCUUCACCAUUCGAGCGGGUUCCAACGAUCGAUUCAGCGGUGGAGUCCUUGUCCAGGUGGUCGAGGUGAUUGUCCACGAGGAGUACGGCAACUUCCUUAACGACGUGGCCCUGCUGCGACUAGAGACCCCACUGAUCCUGUCCGCGAGCAUUCAGCCCAUCGAUCUACCCACUGCGGAUACGCCGGCGGAUGUAGAUGUCGUAAUUUCCGGGUGGGGAAGGAUCAAGCACCAGGGAGACUUGCCUCGCUAUCUGCAGUACAACACUCUGAAGUCGAUAACCAGGCAGCAGUGUGAGGAGCUGAUCGAUUUCGGAUUUGAGGGUGAGCUGUGCCUGCUCCACAAGGUGGACAAUGGUGCCUGCAAUGGCGACUCCGGUGGUCCGGCCGUAUAUAACAACCAACUGGUGGGCGUGGCCGGAUUCGUCGUGGACGGGUGCGGGUCCAGCUACCCGGACGGAUAUGCCAGGGUCUUUUACUUUAAGGACUGGAUCAAAAAGCACUCUGAUGUCUAAGAAUAUCAAGCAAGGAAAUGAGUUUGCUAAUUAAACCUAGAAUAUAAAGCAAUUUUUUUUUGUAUAAAUUUAAAAA